UGGAAAGCAAAAACAAAUAUGGCGGACGGAAUGACACAACAUUGUGAUCUGUGUAAAAGGCUGCGAUUGUCGUUACAUUGGCAUAUAAAAUCGAAAAAUAUGACUGCUGUCGUUCAAUUAAUCCUUGCAAGUCUUACUGGUGUCGCCGUGGCGUUAAUCGCAACCUACCUUCCUUCGAUAUGGCCACCAUGGUUUGGGCGACCUUCCCUGGAAUCAUACGCACCCGGCUUCAAUCUUGUUUUAGCUCCGCAGAAAGCUUUGGAAGAGAAACGUAAGUUUUGUUCCUUUCUUUUGCUGCCAUAUAUUUGGGUCGAUUUUGUAGGCGAAAUGUCACCUACACUUAAUUUAAAAGCAGUCAGCUUCUUUUUGUAAAGUUAGAAUCUUACUCCUUCGUCCCUCGAUCUCUCUUACGUAAGCUUAGAGCAAUCCUAAGCCUUAACAGGCGACAUUUGCGUUAUCCUACUUUUUGUAUUAUUAAGACGUUAUCGUGAAAUGGCAAUAUUUUGCUGACUACGUUGAUUGAUCCUACUCUGUUAUACGACACAUUUUUUAAUUUUGUGACUGAUCACUAUGUGCCGUUGAUGUUCUCAUAGUUUGAUACAAGCUUAAAUGAAUGUAUUUUUUCUAGCAGUCUACAAGAUAGACUGAAUAAAGUAACACGUUUUUUUGUUGCUUGCUGAAUAUGGUAUGCUAAUGGUAAAAAUAUUUAACAACAAAAAAAAGAUCAAAAGAUCACAGUCAGGUAUGAGGACCUCUUAACGGGGGGAGGGAAGGUACAUUUGUCCCCAGUCUGAAUUUCAAAACCUGUCGUUUUGCGUAUUAAGGAGGAGGCCCUGGUGGUAUUUCACUAAAAUUGUAUUUAUGAUCGUCCUGGUAGCUGAUGCAGUUUCGACCUAUCUUUGUGUCGUGGUCAUCAUUUCAUCUGUCUUAUGUCACUGCCAUGUAGCUUGACAGAAAUUUACCCCAACAGGGCCUCAGGUUUGUCAUUAGUGGAAACAUUUUGGUAAGUGACUAACACUGCCAAGCUGCCAAUCAUAUUUUACAUUGGACCAUGAAAGAGUUCCUAUCUGUUUGUACCUGUUGAGAGCAGAAAAUUAUGGUGAAGAUUCAUCAUCAUCAUCAUCAUCAUCAUCAGGUCGAGCUGCCUCGGGCAUUCAUGAGCCUAUCACACCAUCCAUGGUGAUCCUGCAACAAAGCAGGGAGGUCGUUUGGAAGGCAUCCUGUGUCUCUGCAGAGUUGGUUGAUGAGGUGAUUGCAGGGCGACCAACCCACCUUUCACGAUGGUUAGGUGACAACGUGCAAAGAAAGUCGUGUCUGAUAGCCCGGGCUUGUGGAUUUUGCUAUCGGGCUAGUGAUUUUUGUUCUUAACUUGCCCGACGAGCAAGUGCUGUUUUUUUGGGGGGAAAAUUCAAAUUACAGAAGGAUUGUAGUAAAUCCUGCUAAUCAAAAAGGGUUUGGGGCGACUUGAAAUGACUUGUGGGCUGGUACAUGCUAGCUACAGCUUGCCUGAAUGGCAGGCUGUAAAAGUGACUUUCUUUCCACCCUGGGUGACCAGAGCGGUAGAUUGCUAGCGAGUUCUUGUUUUGCUCGCCAGCAGUGACCUGCAAAGCACAUUCUUCGUUCACCUAAGAUUGUAGAACUGUCAGGGAUGGUGAAGAUUAUCAUGUAGAAAUGGCGGUCCCGUCCACUGCAGGUGGUGUUAAAAACAUGUUCUCAAUAAAUAGUAUUAAAUUUAUUAAGCUGAGUAUUUUUUUUCCAGCUCCAUUACAUGGAGAAGCCCUUCAGGCACUUAAAGUUGCUUUGGAAAUGUUAAAUGAAGGAAAAAGAGACAAAGCUUUGAGACUGUUUAAACAAGCUGAAGCUUUAUCUCCUCAUCAUCCAGACAUUUUACUACACUACGGGGAAUUUAUUGAGGAAGAAGACAUUAUCCAUGCCGAGCAUCUUUAUGUCAGAGCUCUAGCAGUGAGUCCUGGCAACUCCAGAGCAUUAGCUAACAGAGGAAGAACAUUACCUAAAGUGCGGCAACUUGAUCAAGAAAUGCUUGAUAAGAUUGAUAGCAAAAGGGAUGAAUUAUUUCGCAUCCCAAAAGGAAGCUUGGCCAUGAAAAGAGCUGUUACCGAGGCCUAUUAUCAACACAUUUACCACACAAAUGCCAUUGAAGGCAACACUAUGACUUUGUCAAUGACCAGAGCAGUUGUUGAAACAAGAAUGGCAAUCUCUGGGAAAAGCAUUUUAGAACACAAUGAAGUGUUGGGACUUGAUGAGGCCAUGAAAUUUAUCAAUGGAUCUUUAUUGCAAAAACAAGAGAAACUUACAGUAGAUGAUAUUCGUGAAAUUCAUAGACGGGUUCUAGGACAUGCACAUCCCUUGGAAGCUGGGAGAUACAGAACGACUCAGGUUUACGUCUCGGACCAUGUUCCUCCGAGUCCAGCAGACGUUGAACAUCACAUGAAUGAGUUUAAUGAUUGGCUGUUAUCCAGAGAACCAGAAAUGCUGCAUCCGAUUGAAUUUGCAGCACUGGCUCAUUAUAAACUUGUUUACAUUCAUCCCUUCACUGAUGGCAAUGGAAGAACUGGAAGGCUUGUCAUGAAUUCUAUUUUAAUGCGCGCAGGAUUUCCUCCUGUUAUAAUACGCUAUCAAGAUCGGCAUGACUAUUACGAGUUCUUGAACAUAGCCAAUCAUGGAGAUGUAAGGCCUUUCAUAAGAUUUGUUGCCCGGUGCACUGAAAGAACAAUAGAUGAGUAUUUGUCUGUGACAACUAUCUAUCCAGUUGGGCACAGUAAACAUCCAGAGCUCACAGAUGCUCAUGACCUAAAUCAUGAAGAUGAUGACAAGUGGCCAAGAUUAAAGCCAUAUAUAUAGAGGAUAUUACACGGUGGUGCCAAGAUAUGAAUUUUAUUUCCGAGUGGCAAAACACUAUUUUACAAACGAGCGCAGCAAGUGAGUAAAAUAUUGUUUUUGCCACGAGAAAAUAAAAUUCAUAUCUACAAGCUGCCAUGUAAUGUUCUUUUUAUUAUAUAGACAAAAUGACAUCGAUAAAAUAAUGGAGGAAAAUUACCAAAAUUACGUCAUCGAUAAACUCGCGUGUGAGAUUAUGGAAAAUAAACCACUCGGGUCCCGGAUGUAGUUUUUAUGAAUUUUACAAGUGGUAUAUUUUCCAGUAAAACACUCGUGUCUAUAUAAUAAAUGACAUUAUAGUGUUGAUAUUUAUUACCUGAUAGCAUAGCAAUCCAGUCACAGAUAUAUGGUGUUUUAAAAUUCAAACCUCUCGCUCUUGUUUUGUUGCAAAUAAUGUUUUUGCUAAAAGCUGUUUUCUUAAUUAAUUCAUGUCAAAAUCAGUGAAUCAGCGGUACAAUAUAUGGAAAUAGAAAUAGAUGGCAGUUUAGUUCCUUUAUUUUACCAAAGUUGAAAUACAUAAAUACUUCAGUAAAUACAAGAAUGGUAAACUUCCAAGGAACCCCAGAAGAAGCUAAGAGGCUUAUAUGCAUGAAAAUGUAGUUGCCUUGUCUCAUUACUGUGAGGUAUUGCUGAUAAUAAAUUUUAAUAAAUUUUUUUCUAUUACAUCCCAAGGUCAUUGUUUAGGAGACUUGAAUUAUUGGCAAACUACAGUCUAGCUUGAUCUUUUUCCCAGCAAUAACCUGGCUUCUUUUUUUGAUACGAGUAAAUAAAAUGCAAC